AUGAGCGUCAAGCUGAUUCACUCGCGCUUGUACGCGCAGGCGGCGACGCUGGCGGCGCUGGGCGCGGCGGCGAGCCUGGAGAUGGACGGCGGACGCGAGGCGACGGCGGCGACGGCGCGGGAUCCGCACGAGUACCGAGCGCGGAGGCGGGGAGGCGGGGACGACGCGCGCGGCGGCUGA